UAAGAAUCUAAAUAAAACGAGAAAUUAGGAAAAUAUGAUCUUACCGUUGAUAAGAACUAAUUUGAAGUAGCAUUCAAACCUGAUAAAAUUUCCUUAUCUGCUCCAGAUCUUUAAUCCAGAAUUUUCCUAAUCCGUCUCCAAAUCGGUAAUCCAGUGAUUCAAAAUUUCCUAAAUCAAUCUGAAUUCAACUCCUCUUAUUUAAAUCAACAUUCCUUUCUCCGAAUCACAAUCAACUGCAGCAAUCGAUUCAUGAUGUCUUCCGCUACUUCUUCGCCGAUUCAGCACGAUCUUCACAGCGACGGCGACGAGCAAUCGCCUCCUACUCUGGAAGUUCAAAUGCGUUCUUACAUACGUCUGAUUUCAGGCGAUUUAAACCAAAUCGUCCUCGAAACUGCUCCGAUUCCUCUGCGGAACAGUCUGUUUCCUCUGCCUCCGAACGCACGGAAUAUCGAUCCGGUGUUCUUACAGAUCUACAUUGCGGAGAUACUUUUAUCGCUCAACAUCGGCGCCGUAGCUUCCGAAGUCAUCGCUGCACAGAUCGCGUCGUUCACUCUCCAACUGGCGGAAGAACACAAUGAUACGAACGUUCACGUCGUCGCGGUGGUGGAUAACGUCGUGGAGUCCAGGUUUUGGAGGUUGCAAGCGGUACCGGUGAUGCAGGGCGGGAGAGCGGCGGAGGAGAGGAGGGAGGUUGUGGAGGAAGUAGCGGCGGCGAAUGGGAGGUAUAGAAUGGAGAAAGUGGAGGAGAAGGAGGAGGAGGAAGUGGAUUUAGGAAAUUGCAGUAUCUGUUUGGAUGAGAUGAAGUGCGAAGGGAGCGAGGUGAUAAGAACUCCGUGCGGACAUGUGUAUCACGAAUCAUGCAUCUUCAGGUGGCUUGAUAAUUCCGAUUCUUGCCCCUUGUGUCGAACCCAAUUUCCAUUGAUGGAGGACUGAUUUGAAUUUGUUGCUUCCAUUUUUAUGAA